CAACAGGUGAUUUUAUCGAGUCCGUGACUGUCGGCGAUCCCGUCUCUCGGAACCUAAAAGGAUGAAGUGCCACUUCCAGUCCUUCUUUGGUGUUACCCUGGUUUCAGCUGCCAUAUUUUUCACAAAAAUGCUCUUCUGGGAACCCAACAACAUCAAAAAUCAAGUGUCCUUUAAGGCCUCCAGGCAAUCGGCCAACCUCACCGACGGAGUGUACACUUACCACCUGGACUUGUCCCAAUUCCAGUCCGAGUUCCCCCAUCUGCAGAGCUAUGAGUGCUCGCUCAACCUCACCCCACGGGGGCAGCUUGAGGACAAGAGCGGUCAACCUCUGCUCAUCCUGGCUAUUAAAUCCCACCCGGCCUCUGGUGACAGGAGAGAGGCGCUGAGACGGACGUGGGCCAGAGAGGGGGUAGUUGGAGGGUACAGGGUCAGACCAAUCUUCCUUAUGGGGCAGGGAGGGACACUGGGGCACAUGGAACUGGUGAAGGUGGAGAGUCGAGAGUUUGGAGACAUCCUACAGUGGGACUUCAACGAAGGACAUCACAACCUGUCCCUAAAAGAGCGCUGCUUCCUGGAGUGGCUGCACCACCACGUCCCAUGGGUGGCAUUUAUCUUCAAAGGAGAUGAUGAUGAGUAUGUGAAUCCAGCAGCCGUGGUGCAGUACAUCACCGAACAUGGAUCCUCCCCUCUCACGUUGCACGGCAAUCUUUGGCGCCAUCCUUCUGUUAUGCGCUCCACCAAAUACCGCAUCUCCAAGACUCUCUACCCAUUCCACAGAUAUCCCUCCUUCCUCUCCGGUGGAGGCUUCCUCUUCCCUGGAGCCUCGGUUAAGAUCCUAUACGAAGCCUCCAAGACGAUCCCAGUUUUCCCGUUGGACGAUGUGUAUUUUGGGUUCUUAGCUCUGGCAGGAAACUUAACCUACCGGCACGAUGCCCGGUUCCACGUCUACGGUUUGAGGUACGAUGCAUGCAAGUACCGGCAAGCUCUGGUGGUCCAUGGGAUUGGCCCAGAGCGUCUGGUGACCGUGUGGAAUGGAGUCCAGGAAGCCCGGUGUAAGAUAUGAAAUUACAGCCUUAUUUUCUCCUCUGGACCUUCUCGAUUGCCAAUUAAACCCUGGGAUGUAUGGACUGGGACCUGCUUGUGCAUAAUGUUGGCAUCUGCUGACGCACACUCUAAGGCGUAAGCAUGUGAAGAGAGCAUGUUCUGUUCUACACAUACAGAUUCCCCGUACCGUGUACUCGCAAACAUGUUCUGCUCAUUCAAAGCUCUUAGGUUACCGCGUGAAGACCUAAGAGUCUCCGGGGCAGAUUCAAGAUGGCGCAUGGGGUUCUCAGCAGCCGCGUCUUGGACCUGCGAUGGAUCUGCGAUGGAGGCGAGGGUCUGAGCAGCUGGCGGGUUUUCUCUCUCUCUGCAACAUUCUCUACGGCGAAGAGAAAUGACAUCAUCGGACGGGGCAGAGAGCGCCAGCAAGUACUAGUGGAAAGAUCCGUGCUGCGCAGGACUUCCCCUCCAUCGAGCUGCCC